CUGAUUUGUUCCAUUAAUAUUUAUGAGAACAUACCUCGUGAUACUAUUCGAAGAACAGGGUUUUCUAGUUGCCUCGCCUCGAUCGAGAAAGUUUUCCCUGUCAUGUGGGCUGAGAUACUCUGUGGUUUUAUAGCGUUUAGAGUGCUCAGGCGAUUCUUUUGUCCAAAGGAUGAAAUGGAGAUCGAGGCCUCCGAUUCUAAUGCCAUUUUCGCUGCCGCUUCUAGAUUAGAAAAGCUCUAUGGUGGAAGGGUUUUUUUGGGGCUUCGAAUUCCAGAUGCUGACACUGGUUCGCGACAGAGUAUUGAUAUGGUUCUUGUAACUAAAGGGGAUGCAGUGGUGAUAUCUGUAAAAAAUCUUUCAGGUUUGGUUUCCAUCAGUGCUGAUGGAAGCUGGAUCUGUGAAGGUGAUGGUACACAAAGGUCAGAGAUUAUGCCUGAUCCAGUGGUUGAGACACGAAGAUGGGCCUCAAUUCUCGAGUCAUACCUUGAACAGAGAGGAGUUGCGCUGCCAGAAGGAUAUUUAUCGUGUAAAGUUUUGCUUCCCAAUCCAAAAUUUCGAACAGUUCAUUUGAACUAUUUUCCUUCUGAAGUCGUCACAUAUGAUCAGUAUAUACAGUUGAAACCAGAACCAAAAAGUACGUUCUCCGGUUGGAUCAAGGGUGCUUUGCGUGGAGGAAAAAAAGAGAUGCAGGAAUCUAUGGAUCAGAAGCUAAAUUUUGUCCUCAACACUGCACCCAUGUGGGAUAGGCUGGAACUUAAAGGAAAUAAUUUUAUUCUGGGAGAAUUCAUGGAGUUCAAAGGGAAAAAGGAAGAUAUGCAGGCUUUGAGAGAUAUCAAAAGAUCAAAAGUUAGUUGCAUAGUCAUCCAGAGGAUGAGAAUGAUCAGAUUUGUUCCUUCAAGAUUUCGAGUUUUAUACUCUGCUCGGGAUUAUCGAAACGACGGGGCCUCUGCUUCUGAGUGGAAGGAAGUAACGGUAGGAUCCAGUACAGUGGUAGUAUUUCAGAUGGAAUAUUCUUCUAAAGUUCGAAAAAUCAAGAUCUCUACAAUUGCAUCUCUGUCAUUGAGUGCCUGAAGGUGUCUGGUCAGUUUUGUAUUUUUUUUAUUAUUAUUUUUUAAAUUUUGAUCAUAACUCUCCUGAGAUUGAUUGAGCUGGGAAGAUAAAACUAUAUUUUUUUUCACCUUUUUUUGGUUCCUUUCUAUAAUUUUUUAUGGUCAUUGUUCCUUCUUCAACGGGUUUUUAUCAUAUCAAGCCGAGGCUGCUGUGUCAGAAACUUGAACAGUAAAUGUCUUCAAAUUAGUGUAUAUCUGAUAUAUAUAUAUAGUAGUUACAUGUGUUUUUAAUA